AUGGGUAUCUUUGAUGCAACAUCUCUCGCUCUUACAACAACAAUUUUACAAGAAAUAAAUUUAGUUGUACUGACAAUUUCUUCUUUGAUUUAUUUAUUUACAAUAUUAUUAAAUAAUACCCUUUGUUCAAAUAGAAUAAAUUUCUUAACAAUAAAUGUUUGUUUAUCAACAAUAACUUAUGCUAUUUAUUGGAGUUUAUUCAUAAUGUUAACAUUUUUACCAAAUUAUUUUCAAAUGUCUAGUAAAGUGCCCAUGCCACAAAUAUAUCAAAAUCAUCUUGUUUGUCUUGGUGCCGAUCGUAGUAUAUUUAUAAACAGUUAUACAUUCAUAACACUUGUUCUAUGUCCAUUAAUACUUAUGUGUUCAAGUAAUAUAAGUGUUUUCAUUUUGGCUGUAAGACCCCGUGUUCGAAUAAAUACAAAUCAAAAUCAAAUUGAAACAAUGAGCAGAGUUUUAUGUCAAACUAACGCUCACAUUCGAGUACAGACGAAUUCAUUUGAAUUACUUGAUGAUAAUCAAACUGAAGAAAGAAUAGAUAGAAUUGAUUUCAAACGUGUUUCGAAACGUGAUAUAAAAAUUUUAUUAAAUAUGGGAUUAAUGCUUGGAAUAUUUCUCCUUGGAUGGACAUCAGUUUAUUUUUUACUGGUAAUUGCUCCAUCAUCUCUUUCAAAUCGAUCUUUUCUUUUAUAUAUUCUUGGUUCUUUUCCAUCAUAUUCUCUUCUUUUAAAUAUCAUUUUACUUUAUCGUUAUAAUCAUCCUUUAAGAAAACAUAUUAUUAUGAAAUUUACAAAUAAAUAUAGACAAUUCGUUCAAAUGCUCCAAUGA